GAUACGUCAACUUGCCAUACCGAUCUUGACAGUUUGACUUCAGUAAAUCUGGCUUUCACCGAGGAUGUAGACGCUGGGAACUUAACUCCUACGACUCCUGGUGACCAGUUCUCCUCAGCCGACAGUUCCACGGCACUCUGGCGCUCUCCACUUCCUGACGCCUCGAUUCGUCCCCUCAAGUCUAGCGCACCAAAGCCUCAGAGUAUCACUUCCACUGCCCUAUCUCCCACUUGCGCAAGUCUUGAACAAUUUACUUGCCUCAUGACGGGCUCUCACACUUCCCUUGACCAUUUGGCCACUAUCUCGUCCACCGCAAUCACAUAUUUGGACGAAUCCGUGACUUCGGCACCCUUCCACCCAUAUGCCCAGCCCGAUUCUCCACAGUAUUCCAAGACAUCCGAACUUGAAGUAGAUGAACCUGUUUUACUUGACUAUCAUCUUUGCCUGGGGUCUUCAGAGCCGGCAGAUCCUGCACCGUCCAGUUCUGAACGACGCAAGAGCCUGAUAGUUGAAGGCUCCCCAACCCCGGUUGACAGUCGGACAGCAUUGUUAAUAGACGAUUGUGUGGGCAGGGCCAUUAAGGAGCCUGCCUUAGCAGGUUAG